UUUACUCUGUGAUUAUGCAUAUAAUGAUAAAACUCACAAAUGUUGUCUAGGUUGUUCGGAAUAUUAUAUGUUGUUGAUCGAUCUUGUGAAUAGUAUUUUAGUGUCUUAUAGUAUCGUACUUUCAUACGAUUUACGUAGUUAUAUUAUUUUAAUGUAUUGAUUGUAAAAUUCUUUGUAAUUAUAAUUGAAACGUGGUAUUAAUCGAAAACAUAUCUUCUGUGUUAUGUCAGGCUAGCGGUGUAGUUAUAAAGAUUACCUUUUUUAAAUUAAUGAAUUUAUUUUAAGAUUUUCCGCACUAGCUUUCUGCAUUUUGUGUACACUUUAGUUAUUUUAUUGUAAUAAAAAAUGGUGAACAUAGUUAUUGCCGGAUUGCCGAAAAAUGUCAAAAUACCAAAGUUCGUAAGUUAUUUAGAGAGGACAGUGUUUCACGAAAUACUCAAUGCAAGACAUGUGCAUACAAUGCAUGUCGAUAAUAAUAUUAAGAAUAUAACAUUAGGUUUGCGAUCAAACGAUGCACGAAAAGCUCGUAGAUAUCUACACGGUUUUCUAUAUCAAUAUGCGGGAAAGGAAUAUCCUCUUCAGUGUUGGCAAGGUGACUAUGAUAACAAUCCACAACCAAAAGACAGAAAUGAGAUGGAUUACACCAAUACACCUGCCAAUGAAAACUUUCAAAAUGAUUCGGAGCCAUCACAAAAUCCUUCGACGCUUAAAAGAGAACUGCAAGAGAUUGAUCUAAAAAUUGAAAUAGUUAAGAGACAGCGCAUUCUAUUGGAAGAGGAGAACAAACUGCUUCUGGCUCAGAAGAAAUCGGAACUGUUGAACAAAAUCGGACCAAAUGACUAUGAAAAUUUAGUUAAAUUGGAAAAAGUCUGUGGUCUUAAAGAUUUGAAUGAGAUAGAAAAAAUACAGCCUACUCCGGCAACAAAUACAACUACAAAUGCAAAGAAAAAGAGUAACAUCAAGUUACCGAACUUUAAAACGCCUUGCAGGAUAAUCAUAAAGGAAAUGAAAGAUGUCCUUGAUGAUUAUGUGAAACCAGAUAACCGCGACAUGGUAAUGUCGCUAAUUUAUUCCGCUAUAAGGAAGAGAUUGAUACUUGUGCUGCAAGGCAAGAGCUUCAUGCCGGCCCCAGACAUUAUACACUUGUAUAGAGUCAAAUAUCCUCAUUCGACCGAUAAGAACCUACUAGAAGAGCUAAUGGAAACAAUUAGCCAAAGUUUCUGGCCGAAAACACCAAGUGUUAAUACAAAUGAUAAUGAUAAUAGUCAAAUUAAGACUAAAGACGAAGAUACAGUUUCAGAUUUGUCUAAAAAUAUUAAAGAGGAUGAAAAUGAUACAGGCGACACUGAUGAUGUUCAGGUUAUCAAUGAUAACAAUGAUGGUCAAGUGAUCGAUGUGAAUUCAUUGAACAAUGUUGAAAAAAUUGAAACUCAACAAGAAUCAGAAAACCAUAAAAGUGAUGCAGAGACAAAUCGAGAUGAGAAAACAAUUGAGUCAUUGGAUAAUGUCGAUGCGGCUGUCGAUAUGGAUAAUGAUUUUGAUGAAUGGGAGGAUAAUGAGAUCGAGGGUGAUUCCACGGUUGAGAAGGAAGCUGCAGAUGCAGAACUUUAA